AUGGAACAAUUAUCUAAGCCGUUUCGCGAACUUUCGGAGACUAUCGUACCAGUAAUUGAAGAUCAAAUGCACAAAGACAAAUUAAAUGACAAAUUAAAAAACGAAUUAAAAACUCUUGACGAUGUAACUAGAUCUACUUCACAAAACUUUACAGUACGGGAGGUUUAUAUGAUGCAAAAAGAGAAAGAACGUAACAAAAAAAUUAUCAAAAACUUAGAAAACAACAUCGAUGAUUUUAUUGAACCAAUUGAAAAGGAAAUUCAAGAAUUGAAUUUUUGUGUUGAAGUUCCAGGCAAACAUUCAUCAACUUCAAAAUCUUGUUCGUUUUCAAAAGAUCCAAUGAAACAUUUACGUAAAAGAUAUUCGACAUUUUUGUAUAGAAAUCCUGAGAAUGAUAAUGAUAAACCGAAUCUUACAUUUGGUGAAAAGUAUGUCGCGUAUCAAAUGUUUCAGAAUCGCACCGAGUCAGCUUUCUUUAAACACGUUGAGCUAACUGGUAGUUUUCAUGAAGAUUAUGAAAGAAUAUUAGUUUUUGCAUCAAAAAUGGUUAAUGCUACAAUGCAUGAUGUGCAACAAGCAGUGAUGAAAGUUGAAGUUGAUUUAUAUAGGAUUAUUGAAAAUAAAAAUUUAUAA